AUGCCACGAAGUGAAAAUGACGACGAGCUUGACGAAUCUUUUAUUACUCAGUUCGAAACAACGUUAAGUAUCAGACCAUCAAAUGAAAUUAUAGAAGCUGAUGACAUAACGAUAGAUCAAAGCACUAUUCUCAAUGGGUCGGCCCUAAACACCAUUACACGUGUUGAGGGAUUGCAACCUAUUCUGGAACUGCGAAGAGAGCUGACGAAUCUGAAGGGCUUUCAAAUCCUCGAUAGUCAUGGACCACAGGGACAUUUCAAGCUCGAAGGAGAACAAAGACGGGAAUAUGAAGAAGUUAUGGGAAAAGACAGAGAAAACCACGAUGAGCUAAUCGAGCUCCUAGAACCUUCUUCACUUAUUGAUAUUGAGCUCGUCAAAUUCAAAAGGACUCUCGCAGAGUUCAUGAAUGCGAAUCCACAAAUCGAGAAACAGAGUCCCCGAUUCAAUCUGACAAUCGAUAAAACAUUAGUUCUUCUAUCACCAUAUUCAUCUGAGCAUUCUUUCGGAAGAACAUGGAUGCUGAAAUCUUACUUGUCCACCAUUUUUGAGAGACCUCAAAGACUACUUGCUUCUUGUAUUGGUUUAAAGAAUGAGGAGCUUGAAAUCCCCUCGGACUGGAAUCCGGGCGACAUCUACUUAACUCCCAAAACUAUCAUAGCACUUGAGGGUGUCAUUGGAACCAUCGAACAUGCUGUGGACUCCCUUUUUGGAAAGGGUCCUGACAUAUGCAACCACAAGUUGGCUUUUGUUGUUCUUCGUCCUCCUGGUCACCAUUCUCACGCGUGUCUUCCAGGCGGCUUUUGUGUUUUGAACAAUGCACAAAUAGGCGUGGAGUACGCUUCUCAGACUUAUGGUGUAACACACUGUGCCAUCUUGGACAUAGAUCUUCACCAUGGUGAUGGAACGCAAGACAUCUGCUGGGAGCGAAGCGGCUAUUGUGGUGACUUCGGUAAGUUAAAUGAAGACGAUGAGGAACAGGAAAGUACAGUCAGUGAUACAUCGCAGUCCUCAUAUCCAAAAGUCGGUUACUUUUCUUUGCACGACAUCAAGUCUUAUCCAACAGAGCUUGGAUUCGCUACAAAAGAAAACAUCAAAAAUGCAUCAGUAUGCGUGAUGGAUCAUAAUGUCAAUAUCUGGAAUGUUCAUCUCCAGGAAUGGAAUACGGAGGAUGAAUUUUACAAACAUUACCAAACAAAAUAUGUUGCUAUAUUGAAUCGGGCAAACCAGUUCCUAAAUCAAGCUAAACGCCAGCACGAGCAGGAGAACGCCAAUUACCUCACCGAGCUUACCAGAUACAACAAAUACCUUGCUAAGCCUCAUCUUUUCAAAGGCGCUGUUGCUAAACCCUCCAUACCGCAGCCCUUUAAGCCAUUGAUAAUUAUAUCAGCUGGACUCGACGCGUCUGAGUAUGAAAAUCCACAAAUGCAAAGACACGGAGUCAACGUUCCUACUUCAUUUUACGCUAAAUUCACUAAAGAUGUCGUGAAGCUUGCACAAAUACAUACCGAUGGAAAGGUUAUUUCGUUUUUAGAAGGCGGGUAUUCAGAUAGUGCACUUGCUUCUGGAAUCUUCUCGCACCUAAUUGGACUCACAAAUAACCAGAGAGAUACCACCGAUGAUCCAGUCCUAUGGAAUAAUUCAUGGGGGACAGAACAUGUCAUAAAAGAAUUGACCAAAGGUUGCAAAAAGCUGUGGAUCCCAUAUAAGAAUCCUAAGACCGAGGUAACAAUUUGGGCGAAUGAAGUGAUCAAGCUUGGAAGGCUGUUGAUGCCACACGAUAGUGCAUUUAUUGAGCUACUACUUUUUGAGAUAAAAGAACUACGAGCUGAAUGUGAGCAGAAGGAUAAGAAAUUGAGUGAAUUCAAGCAACUACAAUCAGAGAUUCGUAUUAAAUCAGCAUCAACGCAGUCUUUUGAUGAAAUCCCACAAAGGUCUGCUCGCCGAAGGGUAUACAAAGAAGAUUCUCGACACGUCGACCAAGAGAACCCUGAGAAUCGCCCCGAAGAGAUCCCCAAGACAGAGCCUCACCCCGAGAUAGUUGCCCAUAGUGUUCCUCUUUCAGAGAACUUCAAGUCCGGGCUUUCGUUAGCAAUAAGACGAAGUAAUUCGCCUGAGGAGGACUUGAAGGCUACUGGUGAUGGAGCGACCGAGGGCAGAGGAGAAAAUGAUGUAGAGUCGCCGAAGCAAACAACGGAGGUAGAGAAUGAAGAUGAUGCAAAACUGGAUGAUCAUGAGUUACGAACAACAAAGCAUGAUAAUUCAAAGGAUUCGAACCUGAAGGAAAGUUUGAAUCAAGAACUGGGUCAUCUUGCAAACCAUCUGAGAGUUAGUUCAUACAGCACGAGAAUCAAACUCCCGCAUACUAUGAGGAACUCCGAAGCAUCCUUACCUUCGCGUGUACAACUGAAGGCAAUUGCCAGUUCUCCCCCUCAUGGUGACAGCGAAGCUACUACAACUCAGCCCGACAAAAGAGAGAAAAGCUCUAAAAGAGAAAUUUCGUCCAGCUCAACCACUCCAUUGCUUGCUCAAUCUGGAUCUUGCGAGACGCAAGUAAUGAUGCUGCCAAAGACACCUGUUGAUUCAUUGAAUGAGCCACAAAGUCUCAAACAAUCACCAACUUCUCAAGGCUCUAGCUUCCAGGUUCUCACAUCACCUGAUACUCAUGAUGAUGUUAUUCUUUUCAUUAAGCCAGAAGAUUUCCAAACAGUAAAAAUCGAGGUCAUUAGCACACUCAGUUUCAACCCUAAAAAGUCAGAGGACUUCAGUUGCACCCUUUCAAUCAAUGAUCGCGAAACAGCAAAGGGGAUGUGGAAAGUGAGGAAGUCUUACAGUCAAAUUUUAUCUUUCGAUAAUGAAAUAAGACCAGUGUUGGAAGCCUUCGGCCUUCCACCUUUACCUGAACGAAGCCUUUUUUCAUCUACAGUUCCAGCUAAAGUAGAUUCACGAAAACAGAGUCUUCAACAUUACUUCAACUCGAUAUUUCUAAUUCCCCAUAUCCCCAAACUAAUUUUGAACCGCAUCUGUCGCUACAUCUCGUUAGACUUCGUCAACCCCCUCGAUGAUUUCAAAAGUGGCGCUAAAUUGGAGGGUUACUUAAUAAGAAGAUAUAAAGGAUUGGGUACUACAUGGAAGACAAGAUGGUGCCAGGUCGAUGGACCAUCUUUAGAGAUUUAUGAGUUUCCAGGCGGUCCAAUGAUAGAGCAGGUUCGACUUAAUGGGUCGCAGAUCGGUCGUCAGUCAUCUGACAAUGUUGCUGAAGAGAAAGGUUAUCGGCAUGCGUUUCUUAUACUCGAGUAUCCGAGAAACAAAAUCUCGAGCUCCACACAGAAACAUUUUUUCUGCGCUGAACUGGACAAGGAGCGAGACGAUUGGGUCAAUGCAAUGGUAGAGUACACCGAGAAUGACCCAAUGAUCACUCAAAUGAAUCUUGAUGGCCACGAACAAAGGAACACUACAAGAGUCGUUGAUCUGUUUAACUCCCCAAAAGCCGCUAACUUGUCAAAGGAGGAAGAAUCCAAAGAAUUGAAGGACGUCAAAAAACUUCGUAAACGAAGUUUGUUCCCUUUUCGAUAUAAAGGUCAGCAAUUAGAAACGGAGGACGAAAGUACGGGCUCCACCCUUGAGGAGGGUGGCAAUAAUAUGAGCCUCGAGGCCCAUUUAGCGGUAAUGAAUUUAACGCCUGGUCAAUUCAAGCCCGUAUUUGGUAGAGAGCUUGCUGAGGCGCUUGACUUAUCAUCCAGGACAUUUGACGGCCGCCUUAUUCCUACAGUGUGUGGUCGAUGUCUCGAUUAUUUAUCAAAAACAGGCGCUAUCUAUGAAGAAGGAAUAUUUCGAUUGAGCGGAUCAGCGUCGACGAUCAGGACGCUCAAGGACCAAUUUAACAAGGAUCACGAUGUUGAUCUAUUCGAACAUCAGCUUAAUCCUGACAUUCACACAGUCGCAGGUCUUUUUAAAACGUACUUGAGAGAGUUGCCUGACAAUAUCUUCGGUAACGCAGCAUAUUCUCAUUUGCAACUGAUGUUCACAUCAGGCAACGAGGCUCAACCUAGAUCCCAAAUCGCGUGGAAGAUGCAGCGGUUCAUAAAUGAUAAAUCCAAUGUGACUCAAGGGAACUUCGAUUUCUGUUUCACUGUGUUCAGGCUUCUAAGUACCGUGGUCGCCAGGAGGAAGACAAAUUUGAUGAGCCUCAGGAAUAUUUGCAUUGUGUUUGUUCCUACAUUACGAAUCUCACUAGAAGUCUUGAGCCUUUGCAUCACUGACUUUGACUGUAUAUUUUUAGAUGGCAGGCCAUUGGACGAUGAUAAGAGAGAAACAUUGGACUUACAAAUUCCGUCCUUUUAA